UGGGACUGUAUUUGAGUGGAGAGUGAAGUACAGAAGCUGUUACAGAACGAGGAGAGGCAGCGGAGUGAGAUAAUGGCAUCCGGAUCAUCUCUACCAGAGGACAGGUUCUCCUGUCCCAUCUGCUGUGACGUCUUCAAAGAUCCUGUCGUCCUGGCAUGUGGCCACAGCUUCUGUGAAGUCUGUCAGCAGGAAUACUGGGCAGAUAAGAAACCUUGGAAAUGUCCAGUUUGUAGGAGAAGAUUUCCCGUAGCUAUGACUCAACCUCCUCGUAACCUGGCGUUAAAUGACGCGUGUGAGGCCUUCUUACAGGAGAGAAGAGCUUCAUCUGGCUCUGAGGUGCUCUGCAGUCUGCACGGUGAGAAAUUCAAACUCUUCUGUCUGAAGGACAAACAGCCCAUCUGCUUGGUGUGUCGAGAUUCAAAAGUACAUAAAUCUCACGACUGUGUCCCCGUAGACGAGGUUGUCCAGGAUCUUAAGGAGGAACUCCACACCGCCCUGAAGCCUUUACUGAAGAACCUAGAGGUCUUUAACAACGUUAAACUAGCCUGUGAUAAAACAGCAGAACACAUAAAGAGUCAGGUUCAGCACACAGAGAAACAGAUGAGGAAAGAGUUUGAGAAGCUUCACCAGUUUCUACGAGAUGAAGAGGCAGCCAGGAUAGCUACACUGAGGGAGGAAGAGGAGCAGAAGAGUCAGAUGAUGAGGAAGAAGAUUGACGAGAUGAGCAGAAAGAUAUCAUACCUUUCAGAUGCAAUCGGAACCAUAGAGGAGGAGCUGAAAGAUGAAGACAUCUCAUUCCUGCAGAACUUCAGGACCACAAAGGAAAGAUCCCAGUACACACUGCUGGAUCCAAAACUGGUCUCAGGAGUUCUGAUAGACGAGGCCAAACACCUGGGCAACCUGCAGUUCAGAGUCUGGGAGAAGAUGCUGGGGAUCCUCAAAUACACUCCUGUGAUUCUGGACCCAAACACUGCACAUCCCAGUCUCUCUCUGACUGAUGAUCUGACCAGUGUGAGAAGACCAGGCACGUCCCAGCAGUUCGUUAACAACCCAGAGCGAUUUAUGAGGUACACAAAUGUUCUUGGCUCCGAGGGGUUCAGCUCAGGAAUACACAGCUGGGAGCUGGAGGUGGGGGACCAUCCUGACUGGGUUUUGGGCGUGGCUAAAGAGUCCAUUGACAGGAAGCGGCAGCGUGAUGCAACACCAAAGAAUGGAAUGUGGUGUAUAUCGCAGCACGGUGGGAAGUAUAUUGGAGGAGGAGGUGACAUCAUCGCUCUGAAGAGGAGACCCCAGAGGAUCAGAGUGCAGCUGGACUACAACAGAGGGGAGGUGUACUUCUACGACCCCAAAUACAUGACACCUAUCUACACUCUUAAAGUCAGAUCUACUGAGAGACUGUUCCCAUACUUUAAUAUUGGGAAUGUGGCUAAUGGCAACAACCCUGGUAUUCAGAUCUGCCAAUCGAAAGUGUCUCUGAAAGUGAAGUAAUCCCUGUGUGUGUCUCUGUGUGUGUGUGUGUGUGUGUGUGUGUGUGUGUGUGUGUGUGUGUGUGUGUGUGUGUGUGUGUGUGUGUGUGUGUGUGUGUGUGUGUGUGUGUGUGUGUGUGUGUGUGUGUGCGUGUGCGUGUAAAACAUGUGUCAGUUCAGUGGACAUUAUCAGGAGGUCAUUUGGGGGGUUAAGAUAAUACACACAUAAUUUUUAGAAACUACAGGACUGAAAUAUCCCUAUGCUAUGUGCUUCCCUUUUAAUUGAGAAUCAAUAAGAAUCAAUUGUUUAAGAAUCAAUAAAAAAUACAUUCUAUAAGAAUCAAUUAAGAAUACAUUCUAUAAGAAUCAAUUAAGAAUACAUUCUAUAAGAAUCAAUUAAGAAUACAUUGUUU